AUGAAACAUGUUUUAAUAUUUAAUUUAUUCAUUUCUGCACAGAGAGAUGCAAGCCAAGUCCAAAGCGUGAGAAACACCCAAGAAACCAAUGGGAGAAGGAGGCCGAGGCAUGAAGGCCGAAGUUCCUCAGUUCCUUCUGAUAGUCCAUGGACUGAACAUGAAAUCUGGAUCUUCCUGCAAGAGUGGGAAGUUGUUGAAUAUGAAAUUGGGCAUCCAGGCAGGAAAUUGAAGAAGAAGGUACGGUCUCUUUGUGGCCGCCUCUACAAGCGAGGCCUGAGGAAGAGCUGGAACAGCUGCCUUGACCUGAUGCUGAAGAUGAUGGACCUGCAUGAAACCCUUUGUAAUGAUGGUCAACGACCUGAUCCCUUGUAUUCUCCUUAUGCAUGGGACCUGUAUAAGAUCUUGGGCCACAAAUCCCUGAGAAGCCAUGUCCCAGGGUGCCAUGUUUAUGCUCUCCUCUCAUGUCCUUGGAAUGAAGGCCAUGGUAACCCCCCUGCUUCCUGCAUACCCUCCCUCUCCAUUGGUGAUCCCAUCUCUCCAGGAUUUCCUUCCUGUUGCUCCUGGACUGACCUUGAAAUCAGGAUCUUCCUGCAGGAGUGGGAAGUGGUCGAACAGGAAAUCCACCACCCAGGCAAGAAGAUGAAGAAGAAGAACAGUGCUAUCUGCCAGCGCCUCUAUCAGAUGGGCCUGAAGAAGUGCUGGGAAAGCUGUUUGGACCUGAUGUGGACCCUGAAGAACCUGCAUACAACUCUCUGUAAUGAGAGACCAGGGAUCGUGCCCCUGUUUUCUCCUUAUGCAGAGGCCCUGUACAGGAUCUUGGGCCCUAGAUGGCAGGGCAGCCAUGUCCAAGGUGCUUGUUAUGAUUGGUCUGGUAAACCCCUGCCUUCUAUGUACCCCCAACCUCCAAUGGUGACGCCCCCUCCAGUAUACCAGCCUUGGGAUUAUGACAUGUCUGCAUCUUCUGGACAGCUUCAUGGGAACCCAUCAAUGAUGGUGUCCAGUCAGUAUUCACUGGAUCUCGGAUCGGAAGCCUGGAAUGCCACCUAUCCAAGGACAGUACCACACAUACUUCCUGCCUUUGUCCCUGGAGACACCAACCUCCAAGUGCCAUGGUCAACUUAUGAAUGA